GCAAACUUAUUAUUCACAUCUUAGAGUCUCUAUCCUUAAGUGGUAUCAACUAAGCAAAGAAAUGACUUCGAAAUUGUCCGGAACGUUUUUGGUGUUGUUGGCUGCAUUUUUGAUGUAUGCUGAUCAAGCCAGUGCCGUCUCAUCGGCUGAUAUUAAGAAAAAGAUUACGGCACAAAAUGCGAACAAAUACAUCGGCAUCGGUGGUCGCUAUGGUAAGUUAGUGGACACUGUUUCCAAAGACAAGAUUAUCGAAAGUGACCACUUUCCGCCCAAGAGCGCAUAUGCCUAUGCCAAGGACAAGAAAAUAAGAGAGAUCAAGGAAAGAGACAUGGCUGCCGUUUCCAUUUCCUAUGCAGAACAUCGCGUAUUAUUAACGACCGGAUCGGGGAAUGAGAAAGGAGGUUUCUUUAAUAACUGGCUUGCAGAUCACUUCAAGAAAGCCGAAUAUUACCAAGCAAUUGAAAAGAACAUUCAAGUGUACCAGCAAGCCGGAUUUUUGAAUCAAAUUAAGAAAGGCGUUUUGGAUGCCCUGUCGGUUCAUGAGGCGAAUGGAUUGAUUACCGACGCUCAACGAAAAGCGCUAAUUACAGAAUUCAAACUGGACGCUUACGACAAAAAUUUCGAAAAAGACAAGGACAGGGCGGAAGCCGUUACUGUUGUACAUUCGUAGUUCGUACACUAAUUCUUAUCGAUUCCUUUUAUUUACUCGACUAAGGUUCACGUCCAUCAAUGGUUCGUGGCACAAGUGUCAGUUUAAGUAGAAGCUAAUAAAUAUAUUGAAAAAAGAA